AUGGCACCACAGUCACGGUUUGACGACCCGGAAGUUAUCAGCAGGUUUCUGAACGUUGUCCACUCCCGUCCUCGGUCCUCAGUCGACGAUGACGGAGCGGGAGCUCAGCGGGCGGGCUCGGCCCUGAAUCCAGAAAGCGCGGAGUUUGCUCCUACUUCCCUUCGUAUCGACAACAAACCAGAGUUUGCAAACUCAGAAAAUGCCACUCGUCAACCCGACAUCCCGGAGUCCGAGUCACGAGUCUCUACUCCAAGUUGGCAAUCACCGGCGUCACCUCCUUUCCCUCAGAUAUCGAGCCUGCAAGAGCCCGGCAACGUCGACCUGGUCCAGGACGAGAACGGCUUCGUAACUGAAGCUUCAGCUCCAACUCCAGCGGUUCAAGAACACGUUCUGACUCCUCAACACUCUAACAUUACGGCUCCUUACCGUGGCAAACCUUUGACACCUACCCAGCAUCGCUUGCUCAUGGGCAAGAAACCGGGUGUCGAGCAGCUGACCGAGAAGAAGCUUUCGGAAAUGCAACAACAGACUCACGGCUACAUGGACAAUGUAGUCGAAGGCUUUCGGAAGGUUGGCCAGCCCAUAGUGUCGGUGAAGCAAUCCAAUGCCCGAGGACCCGAAUCACCAGAUGUCAAGCACGACAGUAGCUCCGAGACCAGCAGCAUCACGUUUCCGGAAAUGGACGAAACUCCAAUCGGCGCCGAGGUUCACCACAUCACUCCCAGGGAGGAGAAGGCUUCGGCUAUACCCUUUAACCAUCCCGUGGCAGAGCCUCGAGGCAGCGGUGCUGCACAACAGGAGAAGCAGCCACUAGAGAUCCUGCCUACCUUCGACGAGAAUAUCAAGUUGUCCGACCAUGGUUCGCAAGCACCAAAUACCACCACCAAUAAGACUAUUACGAGAGACGUGGCAGCCCCGGCUGAAGAGGUCGCAACCAAAGAGCUGGAUAGCCUCGACGGCGGUGUUGUGGUCGAGAACAAUCCCAAGGCCACCGAUGACAUCUGCAAAUACACACAUUCGCCUACCAUCGUGGUUACUGCCGACGCCGAGACAGAUGACAGCGUCACAGAAGGAGACAAUGGAGAGGAUCGAGAGACUCUCGUUCGUUUCGAGACCUGGGGCACGCCAGCUGCUCGUAACACGCCCAAAUCACGUCAACGUACCAUCAUCCUUUCUGGCCUUCCACGCAGUGUAGACCUCACGCUUGUCCAAUCAUUGAUCCAUGGCGGGGCGGUUGAAUGUAUGAAGCUGGUCACCAGUAGCCCAGAGAAUCCAUCUGUCUCCGCCCAUGUUACCUUCACCUGCCCUGACGCCUGUGACCGCUACUACGACAAAUAUCCCAAUGGCUUCGACGUCCGUCACCAAGGCAAGAAAUGGCCAGUGCUUGUCGGCAAGAGAGACGGUGUCGAUGUCGUCAGCGGAAUGAUGCAGGGCUACCUCGAGUGCGGCGCUACCCGGGUUGUCAAGGUGAACAACGCAGACGAUGACUGGGGAAUCGUGGCAUUACACAAGCUCGCCGAAGGGAAGGCUGGAACACGUCGAGUUGAGGCUAUCCAGGACACAUACCAUAAUCGAACACGUACCAUCAUCUUCCGCUUUGCCAACAUCGACCAUGCUGUCAAGUUCAAGGGCAUACUCAUGCGCAAUGACGACUGGGAAGGAUGCCAUGUCGAAUUUGCAGAAGAUCCAUGUGCAAAAGCAACCGGGCCUCACAAUGAGUAG